CAACAAAACGAAAUGAAACGUGUUUGUUGUUUAUAAUUAUAAGUUAAUAUUCUUAUUUACCAAUCGCUAUUAACAAAAUAUGAUUUUUAUGCAGUUUAUUUCUCAUCGUGUAAUAUUAUUCCCGAAAGUUUUGCUGGAACAAGAAAAUUGAUCAUUACAAAUCUUUUGGACAAUAUUUAACUUGAUUUACUUUGAAGCAAAUCACAGCAAUUGUAAAACAUUCAUGAAAAAUUUACGUCUGCUGUUUCAGCUGCAGACGUAAUGCUGCGGGGGAUUUUUGCUGCAUCGGAUCAACAUAACACAGAUGAAGAACAAGUUUGUUUCUUAUUAAUGAAUUAUAACUUACGGUAAAAUGAAUCAUUUCGUUCUUUAUUCUUUGUAAUUCAAUACAUUCUACCUUCUUAAAAUUAUUGUAUUUGGAGCCUGAAAAUGUGCAUUGAAGAUCUCAGUCUGCCAACUUAAAAAUAUUGUUCAUUAAAAAUUCGAUACUAAGAAUUACUAUUUCUGCCAUUUCAUGUUUUGGAAAUAUGGAUGCUAAAACACCUGCAGUUGUCAAGAAAUUUCCAGUUCAGGAUGAUGGGUUUACUCUUGUAUGUAGUCGACGAAGGAAAAAGCGUAUAAAUAAAUUAUGUGAUCUGCUCGCAAAACAUGGAGGUCCUGAAGUUCUUGCAAUUGAUAGGGAAGAGAAAAGCUUAAGCUUCAAAAAGGAUACUUUAUGGGACAUCCAAAAUGAAGUGGAAAGUUCAGAAUAUUUUAAAGCAUUUAGAGAAAACUUGGUUACAGUGUUAAAGCACAUUAAUUCAUCCCGAACAAGUUCAGAGGAUACUUUAACUGAAUUUGAUACAAAAGAUCCGUCAAUAAAUGUUGAUUAUACCGUAGAUGUAAUAUGUUAUGGAUUGGGAAAUUUUGCAUCUUCAGUAAUGUCCCGCUAUCAACUUGGUUUUCUUUUAGCGUUGAAAGGUACGUUAGGAACCACCGGUUGUACGCAAGUUUAUGAUCCCAUCUUUUCAAAACAAGAAGUGGCAUUUCUCGAAGAAGUAGGCUUAGAUGUUUUGGAGGUAGAUGAAGAAGCGAAACGAACUGUCAAAAGAACUACAAUCUUCUUCAUGCCCCAUUGCGAUUUACAUUUGUAUAAUAAUCUCUUUUCCGCGAACUGGAAUCCGAAAAGUCUUCAAAAUCUGAUACUGAUCGGCAAUUGUUUGGAGAACUAUAAACUUCAUCUCUGUGGAGAUAGAUAUAGACAGCAGGCAAAAUAUGCGUAUUAUGUUACUGGAUUUGAGACUGAAAUAGCGAUUACAAACUCUUUUUAUCUCACUGAUAUUUUCAAUGAUAUGAGCAUACACUAUUUCAGGUUAAAUGACUUGCCCUCUGCUGAAAAUGAUCUUUGGAAUGAUCUUGGCGAUUAACUCCUUUUUAAAGCAAGAUAUUGGUGAUUUGUCUAGUAGAGCGCCCAAACUUUGAUUAGUAAAUUGAGCUUUUGUCCCACAAAGUCAUCUUGUAUAUGUAUAGUGCACCUCAGUUUUGUUGGCGCUUGGUGGAAGAAUCAAAAGCAUUGUACUCAUAGGGAAUGGGGAGGUAAAUAAGUAAAUCAAGAUUCUCAGUUAGAGUGUGCUCUUUAUCUGGAGGUUUAGCUCGAAUUCUUCUUUAAAAAUUUUCUUCUAACUGUUAAUGGACAAUUUCACGGGUAACUGACUGACAAUUUAAAGCAAAACAGUAAAUAUUUUGUGACAUUCAAUGCAAAAUGUUGUGCAAACGAUCGUUUCCCCUGGAUUAUUUUAUUUUUUAAGCUGAACUUAAUGGUAUAUAAUCGUAUUCAGAAAUAUGGUAACUGACCGACAUUUUAAUAAGAAGUAUGUCAGUCAUUUGCCAUGCUUUUAACAUUUUUUUUUAAAAAUCGUCCAAAAUGUAUUUUUAGAAUUUAAUUAUAGCAUUGAAUUCAGCUUAAAAAAUGCAAUAUUCCAUGGGAAAAGAUUGUUUUUACAAUGUAUAUUUUGCGGUUAAUGUUACAAAAUACGUAUUGUUUAGUUUCAGUUACCAGUGGAAUUGCCUAAAUAAUAAACAACGGAAAAACUUGUUUCGACAACGCUUGAUUAUAGCAACCCAUGUUUAUCUUGUUUCCAACUGGAUUUGCAGUGGACUCAUCCAAUGCGAGUGCUAACA